GUAUAUAGCGUUGUUCGACUCGUGUUCCGAAGCCUAAAUUAUUAUAUUAUCGUACCGAACCCGCGGUGUUUGCACAGGUACACAAUAUUUUGUACGCGCGAUUUGAAUACAAUAUAAUACAAUAUUUCUGUAAUAUUAUUAUUAUUAUUGUUGUUGUUGUUGUUGUUGUUGUUAUAGGUAUACGUGUAUUAUAAUACACGGCUGCAAAACGGACGAUUACGUGUUAAAUAAAACGAUUUUAACACAUGUCCGUUCAGUGUGCUGAUAACCGUUAUGGCCGUUAGUGGCCGUUCCGUUCGGGUAUUAUAAUAUAGGUACACACUUACCUAUACCCGCCGUACAUCGUAAUAUUGUCGCCCACGCGGUUAUUAUUAAUAGUUUUUGCCGUACGGUUUUCUAAAACGCGUUAUAAUAAUAACAAUAAUAACAAUACUAAUUAAAAAUUAUUACUCAUAUUUCGAUUAAUAUCCGUGCACGCCGUUUCGUCCCGACAUAAUAUCACAUUGAUAAUACCGUUCGAGGGAAUCGCGAGGUUUUCCAAGAGUGCCGAUACGUGUAUAGUAAUACACGCAGGUAAGUACCGACGCAUAAAAUCGUAUUGUAUAAUAUAAUCCAUUGGAUUCGCACGGCCGAAUAAUAUCGAUACGGUUUGUUUUUUUUUUCUAUCCAAUACCUAAACGGUUUCGUAUAAUACUACGUUUCCGAACCGAUAUUACAAUACAAUCGGUCCGUUUAUUCCAAUUCUCGCGAAAAAACAUUUGUCGAUCAACUCCUACAUAAUAGGUAUAAUUAUGUAAGCAUAACUCUAAAUACAAUAAUAUAUAUUAUUUAGCGAGCCAAAAAUAAAAAAUAAACUUCAGAUACGAAACAUUUUUAUUUAUAUGUCAGUGUCUGUACAAUAAUGACACAUUGUGUACAUCUGGGUGAUUCUUUUUUGGGCGAUGACGGAAAUUUUGUUUUUCAACGAUCCCUAAAAUGUGGGAAUAUGGGUCACUAUCUGUAUCAACUAAUAAGUGUCUCGUUCAAAAAAUAACUGUAUAUAAAUACAUAUAAAUACGCUAAUCUGUAGGCAUACAACUUCAAACACAUGGUCCAUUUUGACAACACUUUUCUGUAUCAACUAAUAAAAUCAUAUUAGUUGAUAUAGAUUAUUUUAUAGGUAUUUUAGGAAACUAAAAAAAAAAAGGGUUUAACUACAAAAAAUGACAUAGAUAUAUUUUAACUAUUUUUUUACCCUUAAAGCGUACCUUAAGAUCAAUAAUUUCCACGCAAAAAAAAAUCAAAAUAAACGAAAAACAGAUAUAUUUUAAAGUUGGGUGGCGUUAAAACGAAAAUUUCACCAUCACUCAAAUAAGAAUACGAAAUGACUAAUGGAUAGGACUUUUUUUUUAGCUAGAAACUUCAACAGUAUUAUACGAUUUAUUUAUUAUUUGGCUGAAUAUUAACGAAUCGAAUGUACAUUUUUAAAACUAAGUCAAUUUUCAAUUAUUUCAAUUUCAAUUGUUCAAUACAAUAAUAAACUAUUACAAUCAGUAAAAGAUCUUAACUGGUUACGAUUUGUACUACCAUCGUAAAAAUAAUUCUUCAUAUGUUAUUUUUUCUUUUAAGUGUGUCACGUUACGUGACGUUAAGUGACAUUAGUCAUCUUUAUUUUCGAAAAAUCACAAUCUAUAUAAAUAAUAACUAUGGAUUAAAUCAGGGUUUUAACGUAUACGUCAUUACGGCUUGGUGAAAAAUCAUUAAUUUUAUACGUUCGAGUUUUUGAGCUAUUCAUAGGUAUUUGGCAUUUUUUUGAGUUUUUAUUGAGUUAAGUGUAGACAAAAUUGUUUAGCCGAAUAGAAAUUCUUGGAAAUAUGUCACGAAAUUCAUUAUAAGUUGCACUUAGAAGUAAGAAAUAAAAUUAAGCAUAUUGUAUAGUAGUUUUAUUAUAUGCAUUUUAAGUUCAAAUUUUGACGUAAUAAGAUUACGGCAUUUCAAUACAUGUUUAACCAAACUUUACUUCAGAAUCGUGGUUUAUCAUUCAUAAUUUAUCGUUGCGUAUAGAUAUAAAUUAAAUAUACUACCUUCUCAACUCCACACCUACAACAGUAGCAUGCCCAUCACUAGUAUAUUUGUUUUUUUAUCUAGGUCCACGAUGACGAAACGCCAAUCGUAAAAAUAAAAUUGGAUACCCUUGAUCUAGUUUCUUCUAUUAAGAUAUUUUGAUUGCAAAAAAAAUUAGUGAAACUUAAUUUUUAACAAGUUAAUAGUAAUUUAAUUAAUUUGUAUAGGAUUUAAUUUUUAACUGAACGAAUUUAAAAUAAAUAUGAGCUAUCUUUUAAGUUGAAUUAAUUUCGUCUAUAUUUACAUAACUCGGUUACAAGUCAAAACAAAUGUUUAACUUGCUCUGCCAUACUUUUUGAUAUUUGUUCAAUGGUUUUAUUUAUUUAGUAUAUAUUUCGUAGGCCAUGUGGAUAAUUAGUCUUUUUUGCGAAAAGACUAGGAUCUUUGCAAUGAGGUAGCCCGUUUGCAAACUACUUAUUGUUUUUCCGAACAGCCUACUGUUUUUCUGGCUUACUGCAUACAGAUUAACAGUAGUUAGGCCCUUUAAAAACUAAAAUCAUUAUAAAGUAAUAACCAUUUUACGCAAAAAGACUAAUUUUUCACAUAGCCUACAACAUAUACAUAUAAUAAACAAGUAAAUAUUUUGGCUAAAUGUCUGAUAUUUUAAAAUUCACAAUAACAGUUAGAAAAUUAUGUUAUUUCAAGUAAAUAUUAUAUUAUAUAAAAAUAAAAAAUAAUAAUAAUUUUAAUUUUAAUUCUUUAAGUAUUUACAAUUCAUUGAAUUAUAAAUUGCAUAUUUCGUUUAUUUAAUUUAAUUACAUUGACUAAUCAUUUUUUUUUCUUGACCUCUUUAGCAGAGGUUUAUCUAUUUUAGCACAGAACAUUGUUCUGAAAAUGUGUGCAAAUAAAUUAAGAAAUAUUUUAUUGGCUGCUGUAAUUAUUGAGAAUAUGUAUGAAUAUAAGUGUGUAGUGUGAUAUGGUAAAAACGUAUAAAUGGGAGGGGGAACGUCACGUUAAAUAUAAAUGAAAAAUAAAUUAUUCACUAUACCUAUACCUAUACUAUACCUUAUAAAAUCGAAAAUAUUUUGAAAUAACUCUAUAAAACAAAAUUUGAAACAUUUUUUUUCUAUAUUUAUAAGUAUCGUAGUUAAAAAAAAUCACUUUUCAAAACAAAUUCGAAAUUACGAAUAUUACCAGCCGAGAAAAAUGUUCCGAACAUCCGAGUCGCUCACUGGAAUAUUAUUUAUACAGCAUAAUGUUUAAUAUCCCAAUGGGUAUCUAAUUAUUUUCUGAUAAGUUAAAAAAUUAAGUACAACACGAAAACCUAGUUUCUUACUUUUCACUCUGGAUAAAAUCUAAAAAGCGUUAAACUGAUUUUUGUACUAUAGAUAUAAAUAGAUACCUAUACUUUGUUUUAGUUGGACAGCAGUGGUAUACUCAAUUUCAUUGGGGGUUAUCGAUCAACCCUCAAUAUUUUAUAUCUAAUACAAAAUAGCAAUUGUUAUACAUAUCACAUUAUCUCUUUGUUCGUAAUCUUAUUAUUAGUGUUAAAUGUAAAUAAAAUUGUGUGAUAUUCUUGUUACUUUAUUUAAAUAUUCAUAUUACCUCUCCACUCCCCGCGGCCACUUUAAAAAGUCCAAAUUAUGUCACAGCUGGAAAGUAUAUUAUAUAUAAUAUUAUAACGUUUUGCAAUUAGAUACUUAUGACUUCAGUUAUUUUUAUUUUUUGAAUUUAGGAGAAAGCGAAAAUAGUACCCAACAUGACCGAAGUGGUACACGAGAAUUUUAACAUGGUUGUGUCAAAAACACAACGUUAUUUAUUACAAUUGUUCGACAAGGAACUGGUUUUUGGCAAGUAUUUUAUAAUUUUUUUUUCAAAAACUUUAAUAUGUUGAUUAAUCAAUGUAUGAAUUAAUACAUAAUAAUUUAUAACACUAUGUUGUAAUAAUGGUGAUUGUUGUUAUUAUUAUAGAUGACGAGGUAGAUUCGUGGGCGUUCAUGAGUUCACCAUGGCCAAUUAUUUCGAUUAUAAGUGUUUAUUUGUUAUUCAUACUAAAGGUCGGCCCGUAUAUGAUGAAAAACCGGAAACCAAUGAACGUCAAAUACAUGAUGCUUUUGUACAACGCCGUACAAACGCUCUUUAAUGGUUGGCUAGUAGCUUGGGUACGUUCUGUCCCUUACCCCCCCCUAUCUAUCUAGAAUUUAUUAUAAUAUCAUGUUCAUUUUUUGAAUUUUUACUCAAUUUAAAAAUUCAAUCAAUUCGUACAUUUAAAAUAGUUUUAAAUAAAAAAAAAAAAUCGAUGUAUGGAAAAUUACUCGGCCGUUUAAACAGAAUUAUUUUUGCCUGGUCUAGUGAUUCUUCAAUAGUCUUACCUGUAACCACCAAUACCGUGCCUUUCAUCUUCUCCUAUACUAUAGACUGCUUUCCUCCCACCAGAUAAUAAUAUCUUUAAAUUCGGAUUUAUAUCAUUAAUCCAUCAUCACUACCGUGAUCCUCCUCUUGGUCUUUUUCGGGUUGGUUGUAGAUAUUCUAUAUCUACCAUCGUGGCUCCUUUUUUUCACAUCACGUGUGUAAAGUAUAGAAAUUUUUGUUUCUUUACGUAAUUUUUUGCCUUUAUAAUUUGCAUUAUUUCACGAAUUUCAGCGUUCUUUAUUUAACAACGGCACUCGAUUUCGUUACCAUAUUUACCGGUCGGCACAUUUUCCUCAAUAAUUUAUUUUCAAAGAACAAUAAUUUCGUCUCUAUUAAUUUGUGCUGCCAUCGUCCACAACUCGCACCCAUAUGUGACCGGUAAUUAGAUAAUUUAGAAAAAUUGUUCAGUACAUAUUACAUACAGAAGGUUAUCCGCUUUGUGUGUAUGGUUUAAUACAUCAACGCUUUAUUAAUUUUUGUGGCAGUUUAUAUAAUUUAUUAUAAUUACAAUUAUUUAUAGAAGAAAUAAAUACUAAUUUCUAUUGAAAAUAGUCAAACGAUUAUAGAAAACGAUUACUUAUCUAAAUAAAUCAUAAUAUUAUACUCUUACUGAUAUUAUAAUAAAAAAGAAUAUAUAUUUUUAUUUCAACAAAAUAGUAUAUCCUAAACGUAAGGUACGAUUAUUAUUGUCCGUUACAACGAUCAUGUUAUUGAAUGAUUUUAUAUUGUUUUCGUUUUUAGUUUUUUACAACUCCCAACGUGAUAAAUGACUUAUUGAAUUACACGUGUCAUCCACUUCCAAGAGACCUCAACCAAUUUAAUUUAAGACAAGUAUGUAUAAUAUAUAAAAUAAUGGCAUUAUCAUAUUAUUGUCUUACAAAUAUAUUUAAUCGCGUGUUUGAAAUAAUAUGAUCUGUUAAAACCACUAACAUUUGAAAUGUAAUAACAGAUAGAAAUCAAUCAAACGCAAAUAUUAUUAAUAUUAAAUAAUGUAUUGAAAUAAUUGCAUUGGAAUAUUUUAUAAUAUUAUGAAACUAAAAGUUUUCUAAUUUUAUAAUUGUAUAAAAUAUGCAUAGAAAACACUCCCUCUUCCCUUAUUACCACUAGAGGUAAGAAAUACUUGUGACAUGUAACUAUAGUGAUGAUCAAAACAAGAAACCGUUAGCCUUGAUUUUGGUCUUAGUUUAGUUUUGCAGAAAGACCAAGACUACAAGAUUGUAAGACCAAGAUUAAUUUUGAUUAUCACUAUACGCAAUCGAAUUACGUUGUGUACGCUUAUAAAACACUAUAAUGUACCCAAGUUUAUUUUAUUUGUAUACUAAACACACAGUUAUUAUAAAAUGUUUCAGAUGAAUAUAUCUGCAUGGUAUUUCCUCUUGUCAAAAAUACUCGAUCUUUUGGACACGGUGAGUAAUAAAUGCUUUUUCACCUUACAAAAAUUCAUUAUAUUAUAACGUAUAAAUUACACGGUAAAGAAUACGUGUAAGCCAGAUUAAAAUGGAAUGAAAUUUCGAUCCGGGACAUCCUCGAUAUAUCUUGGCUAUUUUUCCAUCCCGAAAUUAUUAUCAAAACCUAAAACAUGACUCUUUAUAUUGAUUAUUUAUAUUAUAUUUAAAUAAGUAAUCAAUAUAAUGGUUUAUUUUUUUAAUUUUUCAUGGAUGGGGUCCACAUAAUUUCCCAAACAAAUUUACGUGGGGGCUCAGAAUCGUUUUUUUGUUAGCGAUGAUUCAUCGUUGCUUACAGAUAUUCAUUAAAUUCCCUUUUAUAUCCUACCUUCCCAACUUCCCACCUAAACAGUGACUGCAUCCACGUGGGAAGUAUAUCCAUCUUUUUUUAUUAAAUUAUACGAUAAUUAUCGAAUUCAAUAGUUUAGUCUGAACAUAAGUUGUAUUAAGUACUGAUAAUUUAUUACUCUUUAUUUAUGAAUCAUAUUGAAAUCGAAAAAUGUUUCCUAACUUAUUUUAUUUUCUGUAAUUCGGUACUACCCAUUAAGAGUACGGUAGUUUUAAAUGUGAAACAUGCAUUUUUUUUUUUAAUAAUAAUUUUGAUUAUUAUUUAUAAGGCAUUGCACGUUAGGCUUAAACGAUUUAUAAUAAAUUAUAAUAUUAUUAUCGAUAUAUAAAAUGGAAUUAAAUAUUUUAUUGGCUUUAUAUACAUUUUACGAUAUCAAAUUUUUUUUCGAAUUCGAUAGGAUAUUUGUUAAAUAAUAUUAUAUUUGAUUUGAAAAUAUUUAUAUAACACUUGCGGUUUUAUAAGCUUAAAUUUAAGUUCGGCUAUUUUACUUCUGUGAAAUUAUUGUAUCUGAAAACGGUGGCAUCAGCCUUGUAUAAAUAUUAAAAUUUCACGUCGAACGAAAAAGUGCUGUGGAUUUUCUGUAAAACGCAUGAUUGUUCCACGAUAUUGCUGUACUUUUGUUAUCGUAUCAUUGUAUUUGUUUGUAAAACAGUUACAAAUCCAGUGAAAUUCGAUAACGUAAACCUAUCUACUAAUAAUACUUCUAUAUACCUAUCGGUUUCUUUAGGCAUUAUUAUUGUAUGAAUUGGCAUUAGAAUUUGAUUUCGUUUGAAAUUCCGGAAUUUGUUUUUUUACCUGUGUCGAGUGUUUACGUCUAUUAAACAGCGACUGCUGUAAGCCAAGUAAUAAACAUACCAAUCGCCAUCUACUCGUACCGUAUAGUCAAGUUGAUUUAAUAAUUUGUGUAUAGGCACGUCUGUUACUCGGCCGUUUUUGAACGGGUAUGACUUAUGGUGGGGUGGGGAGAAGACCGAGAGAACUUAUGCUAAUAGACGAAUUUCUCUACUCCGGGGAAAACGCAAAUAUAAAGGCAAGGCGUGCUCUAAAUACUAGUAAAUCAGUGUUUUGUAUCCCGUACACGCAAAUGGAAACAAAUUUAAAUUAAAUAAAUAUCAAACAGCGUGGGUCCACUUACUCACGCUGAACAAAUUGUGUAGGCAGGUAAGUUGGUAUAGGUAGGUAUACAAAACGCUGAAAAUUUAAUUGUUUCGAUAAAUCACAAUUUCCAUUGUAUUGCGACAUUGGAGAAAUAUGAUUAAUUUUUGUUAAAUUGUAUAGAAAGACACAUUCAAAUUAGAAAAUUACAGAAAAAAUUGUGGUUUUUUUUUUAAUUGAUUUUAUAUUUUGAGUUAAAAAAUAUAUGUUCAAAAUACAAUUUACUUUCAUACUUCUACAGAGUGUUCCAAAUUUUAGGUUAAUCCUAUUUACAUACACUCAAAAUGGUAACAUAUUAUUGAGGAAACGCUGUACAAGUGUACAUCAUAUUCUUUUUAUAGUAUUUACUUUUACUUCUUGUUGGCGGUUUGUUUUAAACAUUAUAGAUAUACCUGCAGAGAUAUAAAUAAGGGAGACCUAAGGGAACUUAGCGCCACCAAAUAUUUCCACAGCCCCUCCAAAUAAAAAUAACGAAUCUUAAAAUUUUUUGAUAAUAUCUAAUCUUCUAUAUCUAUAAUCUCUAUAAUAAAAAAAAGGAAUUAUUGUUAUUCAGUGUAUUGUAACAAUGGUUUUUCUUACAAAUUUUGGUUGUUCUCAAUAUCGAAAGAGAUGUUGUUAAAACAUUAAAUAUUGAAGAUAUUUUAGAAGUGUGCUUACUGUAAUAAAGGCGGACAACUUGUAAGUAUUAAAAUACAAUUUAAAUUAUAAACUUAAAUUUGUAUACAUAUAUUAUUAAUGUGAAUUACUGUGGAUUUGUGUGUGGGGGGGGAAUGAUGAGGGCUAGCCUUGCUAAAAUUGUAACUGUACCUAUAGUAAUAAGUAGUAACAAAUUGUGUAUACAUGUAAAUUAGUAGAUAGGGGUGUAUGUUGUCUUGGUACAUUUAGCAAAACUGCAUGAUCAUUCAAAAUAUAAAUUAAGAGUAAAGUUUACUUUUUCUAUAUAUUUAGUUUGUUUAUUUUUCUGAAUUUCUAACAUCUUUUGGUUUUUAUCAACUACUUCAAAAUAUAAAAUCGAGUUUCCUAAACAUUUUGAAAAAUUGUAAUAGGUAUACAUUUUUGAAAUGCCAUCCUCAUAAUAUCCUGCAUAUAACCCUGCAAGUUUUCAGUGUUAGUCAUUCAUCGAGAUCCGAGAUAUUUGACGGGAUUUUAUCAUUUCGGAAUAGACUGUAUGGCGGUAAGGGUAAUUCGUGACUUAAUUUAUUUUCAUCAUCGAUUAUCCAUCAUAGAUGAAACCUGCAGUGUUGAAAUUUUGCUAGGAAGGUAAUCUUUUUUCGGCAUUAUAUUUCAGAUCAAUAAAUUAUUAAAUGCGGUUAUACCUGAGUUGUUGAGUUGUCUGUGGACGCGAUGUAUAAAUAGACGGUGUAAUUUAUUCAUAAAAAAUAACUGCAGCUUUUCCGCAAUUUUAUAACGCUACCCGUUGAUUAUUAAAUAUAUUUUAUAAGUGUUAACAGCAAAUUUCAUAGGUGUGCCUAAUUCAUACAUUUUUAUCGUUACCUAUAGGUGUUUUUCGUCUUGAGGAAAAAACAGUCACAAGUGACUUUUUUGCACGUCUAUCAUCACGUGAAUAUGGUAUUCUCGUGCUGGACCUAUCUCAAGUACAUAAAAGGUAAAACACGUUAAUGCAAUAUUUUGUUUCAUGGAAAUAAUAAAACAAAAUUAAAUAAUAUUAAUUAUUAUAGACUAUUUCAAUGAUAGCUCAUAAAUAUGACCAAUAUUAUUGACCAAUUUACUUAUACAACAUUUUACAAGGCUUUUUACGGAUUGAAAAAUUAAAAAAUUAGGUUAAUUUUAACUUUUAACUUACCCUUUAACAUUUAAUAUUUUAUUAAUCUAAUUUUAUUUAACUUGACAUAUUUUUGUUUAUUUUAGAUUAUAUCAUGUUAAAUUAAUUUCAAUUUAUUUUAAUGUUAACACAACAAGUACUAAAUUGAACAUUAUUUAAAAAGGUGUUAUAUUAUAAGAAUAGUAUUAAUUUUUUUUUUAUUAUUAAUCGAUAAUGUGUAUGAAGAUUCAAGUUUAAAAUAAGUACCUAUAAUUUUUUUAUUCUCAGAAUAAAUCCUCUUGUGUUUGAUAUUGACAUCCUAAUUUUCAAAAAAUCACAAACUCGAAGUUCAAUAACAAUUAUUUACCAAAAACAAAAAAAAAAUUAACUUUAAACAACGAGUAAAUUAAAUGUUCAACUAACUUCUAACUUAACUUAGUUCAUUAAUAUACCUAACAAUUAACUUUUAACUUGAAUAUUAAUUGACCAUAGCCGAGUUAAUAGUAGGUAUUCAUUAAGUUGCUCAGUCUUGCAUAAAUGCAUACAUUUACUUUAUCGAAAUUUACCUUUAAUAAUAUUUAGGUGUAUUCUUUAUCUUCAUUUUUUUUUCCUUUAAAGAAAAUUCUUACUUAUUUAUUAUCACAAUAUGAUUAAUUUUAAUUAAUAUUUUGACCUAUUUCUUUUUUAAUUAUUUUGAAGUGUUAAACACUUUUAUAUUAAACUUAAAUCAAACACCUCACCGUAUAAAGACAUUUUAAUUAAAAUUUAUUAAUUAUACCAGAUAAAUUUAUUUAAUUUGAACAUUUUAAUGAUAUGCUUACUUUUAUACAAUAAGAUGUAUAUGCAAUAUUAAACAAUUUAAUUUUAAUGUAAACAUUUUUAAUUACGACUUAUAUUAUUUUUGAGAUGAAAUACCCUUUUAAUUUAUACAAAACCGUGUCUAAGCCUCUAUAGUGCGCCACUGCCGCCGGUGUAAACCACAUUAAAUAAAAAAUAAAUAGUAUAUAAGUACAUACGACUUUCGUUUUUUUUUUUUUUUAGGAGAACAAAUGGUAAUUUGUGCAGUCAUUAACGCGAUCAUUCAUUGCGUAAUGUACAGCUACUACUUUUUGUCAGCUCUGGGUCCGCAAAUGCAAAAAUAUCUGUGGUGGAAGAAAUAUCUAACCCGCAUGCAAAUCGUGAGUAAAAAAAAUGUUGGCAAUAUUUUUACGCUAUAUUAAACACAGAUACAAAUAACUGGGAAAUUAAUUUUUUAGGUUCAAUUCCUAGUGAUCUUAAUGUACAAUAUAUUUUUGUACACAUCUAACUGCAAAUAUCCACGGUUGUUUAUGCUUUACACGUUCGCGGACGUUUCUCUGUUUUUAUAUUUGUUCUUAAUGUUCUACAUGAAAACGUACAAAUUAAAAUCCACGAAAAAAGUACAUUAGAAUAAAAAUAACUUCACUAGGUACCUAAAAAGAAAUUUAUUUAUUUAUUUGUUUUAUUUGUUUUGCUUUUUUUAAAAUAUACGGCGGUAAUAGAUGCCAUACAUCUAAAUUAUACGUACAACAAACAUAUAACAUAAUCGAAAAUAUUUAUUUAACAAAAAAUGUAUUAUAUGUUGAGUGCAAUUCGACGAUUGAUUCCACAAAACUCAUGGUUUUAACCUAAAAAUAAAAUCUACAUACUAUUUAGUAUAUCUGCCUAUAUUUAUUACUGUACAUAAUAUUUAGUCGAAAAAUAAAC